CUUCCCCCAGCGCCGGGCCCGAGAGGCUGAGGGGCGUGCGCGCGCCCUCGCCCCGUUUGCGCGCGCGGUGUCACCUUGGGCGCGAGCCGGGGCGCGCGCGUCGGGGCCCGGGACCGGAGGGCCUUUGGGAGCGAUGGCGGCGACUGCGAGUCCCGGGGCCGGCGGGAUGGACGGGAAACCCCGGACCUCCCCUAAGUCCAUCAAGUUCCUGUUCGGGGGCCUGGCCGGGAUGGGAGCUACGGUUUUUGUGCAGCCCUUGGACCUGGUGAAGAACCGUAUGCAACUGAGUGGGCAAGGGGCCAAGACACGAGAAUACAAAACCAGCUUUCAUGCCCUUACCAGCAUCCUGAAGACAGAAGGACUACAGGGCAUUUACACUGGGCUGUCAGCUGGUCUCCUACGCCAGGCCACCUACACAACUACUCGCCUUGGCAUCUAUACUGUACUGUUUGAGCGCCUGACUGGGGCUGAUGGUACCCCCCCUGGUUUCCUGCUGAAGGCCCUGAUUGGCAUGACUGCAGGUGCAACUGGUGCCUUUGUAGGAACACCAGCUGAGGUGGCUCUUAUUCGCAUGACUGCUGACGGCCGGCUUCCACCUGACCAGCGCCGUGGCUACAAAAAUGUUUUUAACGCCUUGAUUAGAAUCGCCCAGGAGGAGGGAGUGCCCACAUUGUGGAGGGGUUGCAUCCCUACCAUGGCACGGGCUGUUGUUGUCAAUGCUGCCCAACUUGCUUCCUACUCCCAAUCCAAACAAUUCUUACUGGAUUCAGGCUACUUCUCUGACAAUAUCCUUUGCCACUUUUGUGCCAGUAUGAUUAGUGGCCUGGUCACCACUGCCGCCUCAAUGCCUGUGGACAUUGUCAAGACUCGGAUCCAGAACAUGCGCAUGAUUGAUGGGAAGCCAGAAUACAAGAAUGGACUGGAUGUACUGAUGAAGGUCAUCCGCUACGAGGGCUUCUUCAGCCUGUGGAAAGGCUUUACACCAUACUAUGCCCGCUUGGGACCUCACACCGUCCUCACCUUCAUCUUCUUGGAGCAGAUGAACAAGGCCUACAAGCGGCUUUUCCUCAGUGGCUGACAUGUAUGAGAGUUUGGAGCUUAUGUGCUGGAGCUCCCACUGCACCUGCCGUCAGCCUGCCCCUGGGGGGCCUGGACUCUGCUUCCCUGGGCCCCUGUAUUUAUUCCCUCCACUGUGUGACUCCCUCCUCCACAGUAAAGGACUUUGGUCUAUUCUGUUCUUGCUCCCA